GAGACCCGCGCGCCUCUUUGCGACGAGAAGAAGCCGCGAGCAAAGAUGCGGAGGUGAUUAACUAAAAGAAAGAUAGCAUAUUUUAGUAUAUUUUGAAUUGCCUGCAAGAGGUAGAAUCUUGACACUCAGAGGAGUCUUGAUAGCGAUUGCUGGCUUGCUGGAUUGAGUUUUUUUUAUAACAAGCUCAAGUAGUUUAUGAUGGUUAAAGAGCAGAAGCCAGCAAAACCAGAUAAAAAGAAGGAAAAACAUAAAUUGGCAAAACUGAAAAAAAGGAUACAGCAAAAUGAAGUUGAUCUUAGAUGUGGUGAUCAGCUUCCGCAGAAGGAUGAACAAUGUAUGGAUCAAACAAAUGAGGUCAUGAUGCUGCGGAGCAAGUUCGAGCAGGACAAGAAAAGGAUACAGCAGUUGAGGGCUGCCAGGAAGUUUCGACCUUACUGAAGCUGCAUUUGGUUCUGGUCAUCCGACUAUUCAAUGAGUAAUAGCAUUUCUAUCCACUAGUCAAUAUCACAGACAGUGCGACAGUUCCAGUAAGAAAAGCUAAUGCCAUGCCUGAAAAGAAACGGUGUGAUAAACCCUCAGGCAACUGGUGAAACUUGACUCUGAUUCCGUGCUCCAUUCCCUUGCAAGUUCUGUAAAGCCCAUUAUUUCUAUAAUUCUACUGCUCGAGUCGAGAUGGUGUAAUUUAAAUUGACAGCUUGUAACUUUAUACUGUUUUCCUUUAUCUCUGGUUCGAGUUACAUUUCACAGCAUUGUUGCAGAUGUUGAGUUUGACCGAGCUUUGUGGGUUUAUAUUAGUACAUGUUACCACAUUUUAGUUAUAUUGAUCUGUGAUGAUUUGAUGUCCUGAAAACUUAUGAACAAAGAACAAGCUUUUUCCCAUCAAUGUUUGUUA